AUGGAGCCAAGUCACUCAACCAAACAGACCAGCGACACAGCAAUCCUCAUCGACGAGCCCUCUAGGUCUACCCGAGGAAAAUCUGCUGCUCCUGUCGCCAUUGCUGCUAAGACGAAAGGUGGUUCUUACCAGAAAGGAGGAUGGGGAAGGGGUAUCGCGAUUUUCGACUUGAUUUUGAGGGUUGCUGCCCUAGUUGCUGCCUUAGCUGCCACAACCACUAUGGGAACAACUGAUCAAACUCUGCCUUUUUUCACUCAGUUUUUUCAGUUCCAAGCUAGCUAUGAUGAUCUUCCAGCUUUCUCGUAUUUCGUCAUCGCGAAUGCGAUUGCAAGUGGCUACCUUGUUCUGUCCUUGCCUUUCUCCAUCGUCUGCAUUGUUAGGCCACAUGCAACUGGAGCAAGAUUACUCCUCCUCAUCUUUGACACAAUGUUAGUAGCUUUCACGACGGCUGCAGCAGCCGCGGCUGCUGCCAUCGUCUACUUAGCGCACAACGGAAACCAAAACACGAACUGGCUCGCGAUUUGUCAGCAGUUUAACGACUUCUGCCAGAAGGUGAGUGGAGCAGUGGUGGCAUCGUUCAUUGCAGCAGUCAUCUUCAUAGUCCUGGUUGUGCUUUCUGCUAUAGCUCUCCGACGACGCUGA